AUGGUCAUUGGCUCUAACCUCCUAGAGCCUCAAUGGAAAAGGAGUGAAUCUCUUGUUGAAAUGAAAAUGCUCGAUUUUAUCCAUACUGAUGCCUGCCAUUUUGAAAUGUUUGCUGAUUUCUACUUGGCAACAGAAGUGGACAUGCUAAGUGCAAACCCCAAGAUUGGUGCUGAGUGGACCAGGAUGGAAAAAGUAGAAUAUGCCUUCCUGAUUAUUUUUACAGUGGAGACAUUUCUGAAGAUUAUAGCGUAUGGACUGUUGCUGCAUCCUAAUGCUUACGUUAGGAAUGGAUGGAAUUUACUGGAUUUUGUUAUAGUAAUAGUAGGAUUGUUUAGUGUAAUUUUGGAACAAUUAACCAAAGAAACAGAAGGCGGGAACCACUCUAGUGGCAAAUCAGGAGGCUUUGAUGUCAAAGCCCUCCGUGCCUUCCGAGUGUUGAGACCACUUCGACUUGUAUCAGGAGUGCCCAGUUUACAAGUUGUUCUGAACUCCAUUAUAAAAGCCAUGGUCCCCCUCCUUCACAUAGCCCUUUUGGUAUUAUUUGUAAUUAUCAUCUAUGCUAUUAUAGGAUUGGAACUUUUUAUUGGAAAAAUGCACAAAACAUGUUUUUUUGCUGACUCAGACAUAGUAGCUGAAGAGGACCCAGCUCCAUGUGCGUUCUCAGGGAAUGGACGCCAGUGUACCGCCAAUGGCACGGAAUGUCGCAGUGGCUGGGUUGGCCCCAAUGGAGGCAUCACUAACUUUGAUAACUUUGCCUUUGCCAUGCUCACUGUGUUCCAGUGCAUUACCAUGGAGGGCUGGACAGAUGUGCUCUACUGGGUUAAUGAUGCGAUAGGAUGGGAAUGGCCAUGGGUGUAUUUUGUUAGUCUGAUCAUCCUUGGCUCAUUUUUCGUCCUUAACCUGGUUCUUGGUGUCCUUAGUGGAGAAUUCUCAAAGGAAAGGGAAAAGGCUAAAGCACGUGGAGAUUUCCAGAAGCUUCGGGAGAAGCAGCAGCUAGAAGAGGAUCUCAAGGGCUAUUUGGACUGGAUCACCCAGGCAGAAGACAUAGAUCCUGAGAAUGAAGAGGAGGGUGGCGAGGAAGGCAAACGAAACACUAGCAUGCCUACCAGCGAGACAGAGUCUGUGAACACAGAAAAUGUAAGUGGAGAAGGAGAGGCCCAGGGAUGCUGUGGAAGUCUCUGUCAAGCCAUCUCGAAAUCCAAACUCAGCCGUCGCUGGCGUCGCUGGAACCGCUUCAAUCGCAGGAGAUGCAGGGCCGCUGUGAAGUCUGUCACGUUUUACUGGCUGGUGAUCGUCCUGGUGUUUCUCAACACCUUAACUAUUUCCUCUGAGCACUACAAUCAGCCAGACUGGCUGACACAGAUUCAAGAUAUCGCAAACAAAGUCCUCCUGGCGCUGUUCACCUGCGAGAUGCUGGUGAAGAUGUACAGUCUGGGCCUGCAGGCGUACUUUGUCUCCCUCUUCAACCGCUUCGACUGCUUCGUGGUAUGUGGGGGCAUCACCGAAACCAUCCUGGUGGAGCUGGAGCUCAUGUCCCCCCUGGGGGUCUCUGUGUUCCGGUGCGUGCGCCUCCUGAGGAUCUUCAAAGUGACCAGGCACUGGACUUCCCUGAGCAACUUGGUGGCGUCCUUGCUAAACUCCAUGAAGUCCAUAGCUUCUCUGCUCUUGCUUCUCUUCCUCUUCAUCAUCAUCUUCUCCUUGCUGGGGAUGCAGCUGUUUGGCGGGAAGUUUAAUUUUGAUGAGACACAAACCAAGCGGAGCACCUUUGAUAACUUUCCGCAAGCGCUCCUGACGGUGUUUCAGAUCCUGACAGGCGAAGACUGGAACGCGGUGAUGUAUGAUGGUAUCAUGGCCUACGGAGGCCCGUCCUCUUCAGGGAUGAUUGUCUGUAUCUACUUCAUCAUCCUGUUCAUCUGUGGUAACUAUAUCCUGCUGAACGUCUUCUUGGCCAUUGCUGUAGAUAAUUUGGCUGAUGCUGAAAGUCUGAACACUGCUCAGAAAGAGGAAGCUGAAGAAAAAGAAAGGAAAAAAAUCGCCAGAAAAGAAAGCCUAGAAAACAAAAAGAACAACAAACCAGAAGUCAACCAGAUAGCCAACAGUGACAACAAGGUGACAAUUGAUGAGUAUCAGGAAGAUGAUGAAGAUAAGGACCCUUACCCACCCUGUGACGUGCCAGUAGGCGAAGAGGAGGAGGAGGAGGAAGAGGAUGAGCCUGAAGUUCCUGCUGGUCCCCGUCCUCGCAGAAUCUCAGAAUUGAACAUGAAGGAGAAAAUUGCGCCCAUCCCCGAAGGAAGCGCAUUCUUCAUUCUUAGCAAGACCAACCCGAUCCGUGUGGGUUGCCACAAGCUCAUUAACCACCACAUCUUCACCAACCUUAUCCUGGUCUUCAUCAUGCUGAGCAGCGCUGCCCUGGCCGCAGAGGACCCCAUCCGUAGCCACUCAUUCCGCAACACUAUACUGGGCUACUUUGACUAUGCCUUCACAGCCAUCUUUACGGUGGAAAUCCUGUUAAAGAUGACAACUUUUGGAGCCUUCUUGCACAAAGGGGCUUUCUGCCGGAACUACUUCAACUUGCUGGACAUGCUGGUUGUUGGGGUGUCGCUGGUGUCCUUUGGGAUUCAAUCCAGCGCCAUCUCUGUUGUGAAGAUUCUGAGGGUGUUAAGGGUCUUGAGGCCUCUCAGAGCAAUCAACAGAGCAAAAGGACUUAAGCAUGUGGUCCAGUGUGUCUUUGUGGCCAUCCGAACUAUUGGCAACAUCAUGAUCGUCACGACCCUGCUCCAGUUCAUGUUUGCCUGCAUUGGGGUCCAGCUGUUCAAGGGGAAGUUCUACCGUUGCACCGAUGAAGCCAAAAGUAACCCCGAGGAGUGCAGGGGGCUUUUCAUUCUUUAUAAGGACGGUGAUGUCGACAGUCCUGUGGUCCGUGAGAGGAUCUGGCAAAAUAGUGAUUUCAAUUUUGACAAUGUCCUUUCGGCCAUGAUGGCACUCUUCACGGUCUCAACUUUUGAGGGCUGGCCUGCGUUGCUAUACAAAGCUAUUGACUCAAACGGAGAGAAUGUUGGUCCUGUCUACAACUACCGUGUGGAGAUCUCCAUCUUCUUCAUCAUCUACAUCAUCAUCGUGGCCUUCUUCAUGAUGAACAUCUUUGUGGGCUUUGUCAUCGUCACCUUCCAGGAACAGGGAGAGAAAGAGUACAAGAACUGUGAGCUGGACAAAAAUCAGCGUCAGUGUGUUGAGUAUGCCUUGAAAGCACGCCCCUUAAGGAGAUACAUCCCCAAAAACCCAUACCAGUACAAGUUCUGGUACGUGGUGAACUCUUCACCUUUCGAAUAUAUGAUGUUCGUCCUGAUCAUGCUCAACACGCUCUGCCUGGCCAUGCAGCACUAUGAGCAGUCCAAGAUGUUCAAUGAUGCCAUGGACAUUCUCAACAUGGUCUUCACAGGGGUCUUCACCGUUGAGAUGGUUUUGAAAGUCAUCGCUUUCAAGCCCAAGGGGUAUUUUAGUGACGCCUGGAACACGUUUGACUCCCUCAUCGUAAUCGGCAGCAUUAUAGACGUGGCCCUCAGCGAAGCUGACAACUCUGAAGAGAGCAAUAGAAUCUCCAUCACCUUUUUCCGUCUUUUCCGAGUGAUGCGGUUGGUGAAGCUUCUCAGCAGGGGGGAAGGCAUCCGGACCCUCCUGUGGACCUUCAUUAAGUCCUUUCAGGCGCUCCCGUACGUCGCCCUCCUCAUUGCCAUGCUGUUCUUCAUCUACGCGGUCAUUGGCAUGCAGAUGUUUGGGAAAGUUGCCAUGAGAGAUAACAACCAGAUCAAUAGGAACAACAACUUCCAGACGUUUCCUCAGGCAGUGUUACUGCUCUUCAGGUGUGCCACAGGGGAAGCCUGGCAGGAGAUCAUGCUUGCCUGCCUCCCAGGGAAGCUGUGCGACCCAGACUCAGAUUACAGCCCGGGAGAGGAGUACACCUGCGGGAGCAACUUUGCCAUUGUCUACUUCAUCAGCUUCUACAUGCUGUGUGCAUUCCUGAUCAUCAACCUCUUUGUGGCUGUCAUCAUGGACAAUUUUGACUAUCUGACUCGGGACUGGUCUAUUCUGGGGCCUCACCACUUGGACGAAUUCAAAAGAAUAUGGUCAGAAUAUGACCCUGAAGCAAAGGGAAGGAUAAAACACCUCGAUGUGGUCACCCUGCUCCGACGUAUCCAGCCUCCCCUGGGGUUUGGAAAGUUAUGUCCACACCGAGUAGCGUGUAAGAGGCUGGUUGCCAUGAACAUGCCUCUCAACAGCGAUGGGACCGUCAUGUUCAAUGCAACCCUGUUUGCUUUGGUCCGGACGGCUCUCAAGAUCAAGACUGAAGGGAACCUGGAGCAAGCUAAUGAAGAACUCCGAGCUGUGAUCAAGAAAAUCUGGAAGAAGACAAGCAUGAAGCUACUUGACCAAGUUGUCCCUCCAGCUGGUGAUGAUGAGGUAACCGUGGGGAAGUUCUAUGCCACUUUCCUGAUACAGGACUACUUUAGGAAAUUCAAGAAACGGAAAGAGCAAGGACUGGUGGGGAAGUACCCUGCGAAGAACACUACGAUUGCCCUACAGGCGGGAUUAAGGACCCUGCAUGACAUUGGGCCAGAAAUCCGACGGGCUAUAUCCUGUGACUUGCAAGAUGACGAGCCAGAAGAUUCCAAACCAGAAGAAGAAGAUGUAUUCAAAAGAAAUGGUGCCCUGCUUGGAAACCAUGUCAAUCAUGUUAAUAGUGAUAGGAGGGAUUCCCUUCAGCAGACCAAUACCACCCACCGUCCCCUGCAUGUCCAAAGGCCUUCAAUUCCACCUGCAAGUGAUACUGAGAAACCGCUGUUUCCUCCAGCAGGAAAUUCGGUGUGUCAUAACCAUCAUAACCAUAAUUCCAUAGGAAAGCAAGUUCCCACCUCAACAAAUGCCAAUCUCAAUAAUGCCAAUAUGUCCAAAGCUGCCCACGGAAAGCGGCCCAGCAUUGGGAGCCUUGAGCAUGUGUCUGAAAAUGGGCAUUACUCCUACAAGCAUGAUCGAGAGCUCCAAAGAAGGUCCAGUGUUAAAAGGUCCGAGUCAGGAGAUGAGCAGCUUCCAACUAUUUGCCGUGAAGACCCUGAGAUACACGGCUACUUCCGAGACCCCCGCUGCUUUGGGGAACAGGAGUAUUUCAGUAGUGAAGAGUGCUGUGAGGACGACAGCUCUCCUACCUGGAGCAGGCAUAACUACAGCUAUUACAACAGGCACCCAGACAGCUCCAUGGACUUUGAGAGGCCCCGAGGCUACCAUCACCCCCAAGGUUUCUUAGAAGACGACGACUCUCCCAUUGGCUAUGAUUCGCGGAGAUCUCCGAGGAGACGCCUUCUACCCCCCACCCCACCAUCCCAUCGGAGGUCCUCCUUCAACUUUGAGUGUCUGCGCAGGCAAAGCAGCCAAGACGACGUCCUGCCCUCUCCUGCCCUGCCUCACCGCGCUGCCCUGCCCCUGCACCUGAUGCAGCAGCAGAUCAUGGCCGUGGCAGGCCUGGAUUCCAGUAAAGCCCAGAAGUACUCACCGAGCCACUCUACCCGGUCAUGGGCCACCCCUCCAGCAACCCCUCCGUACCGAGACUGGACCCCAUGCUACACCCCUUUGAUCCAAGUGGACCGCUCAGAGUCUAUGGACCAGGUCAAUGGCAGCCUGCCCUCCCUACACCGCAGUUCCUGGUACACAGAUGAACCCGACAUCUCCUAUAGGACUUUCACGCCGGCCAGCCUGACUGUCCCCAGCAGCUUCCGGAACAAAAACAGUGACAAGCAGAGGAGUGCGGACAGUCUGGUGGAGGCAGUCCUGAUAUCCGAGGGCUUGGGACGCUACGCAAGGGACCCCAAGUUUGUCUCAGCGACAAAGCAUGAGAUUGCUGAUGCCUGUGACCUAACCAUAGACGAGAUGGAAAGUGCGGCUAGCACCCUGCUCAAUGGCGGUGUUUGUCCUCGAGCCAACGGGGACAUGGGCCCCGUCUCACACCACCAGGACUACGAACUCCAGGACUUUGGUCCUGGCUACAGUGACGAGGAGCCAGACCCUGGACGAGAGGAAGAGGACCUGGCGGAUGAAAUGAUUUGCAUCACCACCUUGUAGCCCAGUGAGGGCAGGCUGGCUCCAGCCGGAGACGGGCACGGGAGGGCCAGGGAUAAAGUGCCUCAUAAUUAGGAAAGUUUAGGCACUAGUUGGGAGAAAAAUGUUCAAUUAGACUUUUGUACAAGUGAUUUCAUGCCUCAAGGAAGCCAUAAACCUGGUAGGAGCAGGUUCUGAGCGGCCAGGCGUGUGCUGUGCUAUAUGCUCAGGCCCAGCCUCAGAAGACAGGAUGUCUGGCCCCUGAACAGCAGCCUGGCCCGCAAGAGCCCGGAGGGCUGCCCACGAGUCUGUGUCUCCCACCCAGGGUGCAUGCCCACACCCCUUUGCCUGCAGACAUGAGAGAGGUUAAAGGUGAUGACAGUCACCACGCCCGUGUCAUUACCUCAACCAUUGGUCUAGCAUAUCAGACACUCACUGGGCCCAGCAUAUCCAUUUCUGAGCCCCCUCCCCCAACACACUGGUUCCUGGUUUCUGUGCAGCUGUUCUGAAUGGUACACAUCAGAACCCAGCCACUAGUGCUCCGGGGGAGUGGGACCGGACUGUUUUUGUUAAGCGAUGCCAGUUUACAUAAGAGAACAUCACUCAGACGGUCAGUUCUGUCACAUUAAGGGCAACUGUAAACUGGAAGAGUACCGCACUUGCAAACCAGGUAAAACUUAGAUACUUUAGUUUGUUUAAAAAUUAUAGAUUUACUGUAUAUGACUUGUAAUAUACAAUUUGUAUUUGUAAAGAGAUGGUCUAUAUUUUGUAAUUAUCGUACCGUAUUUGAACUGCAGCAAUAUCCACGGGUCCUAACAAUCGUAGUUUCCCACCAAAACCUAGAAAUUAUUAGUAUUUUUACUUGGGCUAAACAGAAUUAGGAGAAUUAGAGCCAAUUCUCACAUAUUCAGUAAAAGAAUCUUUUGGGGAUAAACUUUUGAGUUCAUAAGAACUUGGCACUUCAGAACUUUUUCUAAAAUAUUUUGAGUUACUAUAAACCUAUCUUUAUGUAAGAUAUCAAGUUGACUAAUGUGCAGUCUUUUCUUUGGGCUCUAUGAUUUUUAUAUUGCACCUCACAUCCACAUGGGUUGCCGGUAUCUUGGGUUUAGUUUUAACAAUCCUCUGGUCGGUCAGUUCUAGAGCAGGCCCAGCUGGUAUCCAUUGCUCUGGCUUCCUCAGCCGCCCAUGCAGGGUGCUUCUGGGUCUCUGAUGCAGAACCACACAAGCGAGUGGUCCACAUCUGCUCUCACAUCCUCAAGGAUGCUUAAGGACUAAGAGGUAUACUGCACGGGGGCAGAGGGGAGCACUAUGGUGUCCCGUGAGUGCUGGGUCUGUAGAGUCCUGUGGCCUUUCACAGCUGCUGUGCAGUGUUCUUUUCGAGAGCUGUCACACACAAAUGAGUGAGGGCUAACUUUUUCAUGAGAACACAGGUACUCUGACUGCACGCCGUGGGGCCAGUUAGCUUUGGGAUCAUUAGAACUGUCAAGGUUUCUGUCAGUGUCAUGAGAUCUCAUCCCAUCCCUUUCCUAAGGAUUCUCUGCAAUCAAAAAUACAGGUAGCAAUUUGGGUUCAAAAAUUUUAACUAAUACACAGACAACCUGUGGAAACGAUUUUUCUUUUUUUGUAAAUAAAUUUUAUUAUAAAGACCUCGCAAACCUCUUUGGAAGACAUUCUUACUCCAGAUGCAGGCAAAAACACUUCAAGGUUUGUAAAUGACUAUUUCCUGACAUAAAGCCUUUUUUUUAAUUAUUAAAAUGCAAAACAUUCUUCAGAGUAAACUGUGUAAUAGUUUCAUCGUAUGGAGAGCUCUCCUCACAGCUGGCUCUGCCGGGAGAGCUUCAGGCAGCUUCUUCUGCCCUUGGUCUCCUCCGAGGCCGAUAACUUCACACCAGCUGCAGAGUGCUGUUCUCCUAAAGGGCUAAACCACCAUCAGCAUUUACCUUGGACUCUGUCCUGCCGGGUGUGUCUGUCUGUCUGACUGUGCGGCGACGUAACAUCAGCAGAUCCUACUCACCGUGUGUUCUGGAAUGGGUGAUCUUCCCCAAAGCCAGCCGUCAAUGGUGCCUGGCUUUGCGGGCUGUCUCACUCCCCAGUCUGUCUGCUUUAAGCCUGGUUCGACCUCUC